CAGGACGACAGUUAGAGCUUGUAUGAGGGCGGCCACAUUGGAGCGGGAUCUGGGUGAGGCGGCGGCUUCGAGCUACAGGUUGGGCCGGGCGGACCGCGGCUCCGUUCCGCGUACCGAGUGCCGGAGAAAAGCUUGCAGUGUUUGGAGGAAACCAAACCAGUGACCAUGGCACUGGGAACGGCAUGGAAGCAGAUGUCUUGGCUUUACUACCAGUAUCUGUUGAUUACAGCACUGUACAUGUUAGAGCCCUGGGAAAGGACCAUAUUCAACUCCCUAUUGAUAUCUAUUGUUGGGAUGGCUGUAUACACUGGUUAUGUGUUUAUGCCUCAGCAUAUUAUGGCAAUAUUGCAUUACUUUGAAAUUGUCCAAUGACUGCCUUAAGCCAGGAAUGAGGACCAGAAAUACAGGAGGGAGAAAUAAGGUUCCUGAUUGAUGAUUGGUUAUUUCUCAAUAGCCUGGCAAGAAUGCUGUUGAAGACCAACCCCAUUGAAUUAUAAAGGAAGUAAAAGCUUGAAAAGUGGCAAAUCAAAAUAGAAUGGAGUGUAUUUCAUGGUUUUGUAUUUAUUGUUUUAAUAUGCAUUCUUGCAGCAUAACAAGGUGCCCUUGUUUGUUGAUCUAAUUAUUAUAGUUACUGACAUCAAUACUGUACUUGCCUCUAUUAGUGUGCACAUUGCAUUGUGAAUGCAUUUAGUUGUAUCUUUGAAAAAAUGUCAGUUAGUGUGAAGCAUUCCAUAUAUAUAUAUAUAUAAGUAAUUCAAAUAUAACUUGGACCUAAAAUUGAUUAAAUAUUUGGUACUGUCAGAGUAUUGAGGAAACAAAUUUUUAACUUUUCUGAAUUUUUGGCAAUUGACCUGAUUGGAAUUUUCAUGAGAUGCAUAUUUUGAAGUAUGUUUCAUUUUUAAUACCAUUUGAAAAGUAAUGUUGCCCACCUGUAAGACUUGUUUAGAAUUCCAAAUGAUGUCAUAUUUUUGGUGUCCUAAAAUUGAUACUAAUAUAAAAUGCUUGUGACGAC